AUGUUUGUAAAAUCAAAACUACUGCGCAUCUUUGCCCAGGAAACAUUUGGUGAAGAAAAGUAUUACCCAGUCUUUCACGGUGAAAUGAAAACCACAAAACCAUUCGCUCUGGUCGUAAAACGACCUCGGUGCAUUUGGAAACGGCCUUUUGCUAGAACAGAAUUUGUAAUCCUUGAUGGGUUAGAGAAAUAUGUGAAGAGCGAAGAAGUACAGAAAUUCCUUGAAGAAGUUAAAUCUAAAGUGACUCGAGAGGAUUUGACGGAACUAAAGAAUACUUCUGGUCCGUCAGGACACAGGUGUGUGGUACUUUUAAAGUUCAGCAUCAUCUCUGAAAGCCUUCCUUUUCUCUGAGACCCUUAUAGGAAACUGACAUGACUAACAACAAAACUUUAGUAUUGUUAGGAAAACAUCAACAAUACAAUCAGUAGAGUUUAAUGUUUAAUGUUUCCCUGCAAAUACAAAAAUCUAAUCGAGGCGGGGGAAAGCAAAAAAAGAGAAAGAAAUAUUAACGCUAUAAAAAAAACAAAAAAAAAGAAGUAAAGAAAAAGUAAAGAAAAAAUUACUAAACAAGUGUCUUGUAACUGUUACUUACCAAGAGGAGUUGCUAUUUCGGGAUAAACUGCCCAAAAAACAACAAAUUUUUAAGGUGAAACUCCUUGAUAGCAAUAAAAGCUGAUGAACAAAGCAAUUGAUCAUUAUUUUAAGAGGACUAAGAGACCCGAGAGAGGUUGGUAAUCCGUUAAAUUUAUAAUGGGGUGUGCCCGACUAGUCUUUGAGACUCUUGACCUGUUCCAGACAGAAGAGAUGAAUUUGCGAACCUGUUUCAGACAAUAAUUAUCAAAAUAUAUAUGAAUCCUGUUCCUGUGGCUGUUGAUGGCCAAUGACGACAGACGCAUUGAUAGUUUCACACUUUAGUUUGAUUGAGAAUCAGGGACUAUGGGGAAAAAAUCGACUCUUAUGAACUAAAAUAUACCCUAUACCCUCUUCAAGGGAUAAGGGGUAAUUUUUAUACCCUGUUACAAAGUCAGGGAAGUCAAAAAAUACCCUGUUGAGCGAGACAUACCUGAUAGCUCAUAUAUGGGAAUAACCCUUUGGGAGUAAAGCCUUGUGCAACGGACGCAACAUUGUUGGAUGAUACAUGUUGGGUCGUUUGCACACUCUAUUACAUGUUGUUGCAUGUUGUUGCGUGUUGUUGGGAGUUGUUCGUUUAGUUUGAAACCGGUCAAAAUUUUGAGCCAAAAACUCCCAACAUUUCUUUUGGUCCGUGAUCGCCGAUGCGUAGCGCAACAGUGUUGGAUCAGUUUGCACAGCCGUUCCAACAUUGUUGUGUUAAGCCCCGUGCAAACGGACGCAACAUUGUUGGAUGUUACAUUUUGCGUCCGUUUGCACACCCUGUUGGAUGUUGUUGGAUGUUAUUAGGGUUGUUGCGCAAAGUUUGAAACCGGUCAAACUUUUCAGCCAACAACUCCCAACAUGUCUUUUGUUCCGUGAUCGCCGAAGCGUAGCGCAACGAUGUUGGAUCCGUUCGCACAGCUCUUCCAACAUUGUUGGGGCCACGCACGCUCAUUACCCAUGGUUUACAAAGACUUAUGGGUUGUAUCCUUCCCACGAUGCACUGCAGGUCCCAACAUUGCUGGGAUUGUUGGUGCAACAAGGUUGGGAGUUGUUGCGUCCGUUUGCACGCAGUCUAAGAGUAGCGCGAGUAGCUUCGAGUCCCGGAGGCGACGCCAUAUGUGGGAUGUUGGUUAUCGCUCUUGAUCUUGCGCCGAAUGGUUUUUCUCCUGGUACUCCGGUACUACCUUUGUCGUUAAAAUUCAUUCAAAUUUCAGUUCGAUCCGGCAAUGUAGACAAAGAGCCAUUUUAUUGAUGUGUUACCAGGAUAUCGUACUGUUGGCCCUCUACCUCUGAGGCUCGCCACGUUUUUCGAUUCACAGGCGCGGAUCCACACUGGUUUCCAGCGUUUUCCAGAAAUCGGUCAGAAAAAUAAUAAAAAAAUAAUAAAAAUAUUUUUAUUAAUAAUGAAACUUUCCAAGCUGAAUCAGAACUUUCUAAGUUGAAUCAGAACUUUAGGGAGUCAAAAUCCAAACAAAUUACCGGAGGGGGGGAGGGAGCAUGCCUUCGGGCUCUCCUAGAAGCUUUCUCCCUCGGCCCUCGUUUAGGAAAUCAGUCAGUAUUUACCCUAGGUUUCCUAAUUUGUUUGUCCGUUUAUUUACAUCUUAAUGAGGCAAAAUGAACGUGCAUCUUGUUAUCUUACUUCUUAACUGACGUUGCCAGUAUCUUUAUUUAUCUUUAUCAUUUGUACUUCAGCCGUCGAGAAGGUCAUUUAGAAGUAGGGGAAGCGAUAAAGGGAAAAAUCGUAUCCACUGAUGAUCUGGGCUACCUAGAGCUUGGUAAAGUUAGCCAGGAGUACAUUACCGAUCCAGAUCUCCGUGAUAUAUUGGCCCAAACAGCACUCGAGUAUAAUAAAGUGAACUCUUUUGAAGACUCCAAACUACUUCUCAUAACAUCAGUUGUUUACAGUGAAAAGUUGGAAGUGCAUGGCUGUGUAGAACAAGAGGUAUGAAAAGAACCUUUCAGAAAACUUUCAGAAUACCACUAAAAAAUUAAACUUGGUACACCAUUCUCCUUUCCAGAACGUUUUACCCUAAAAUGUUUUCAAAAUUGCCCUCCUGAAAGCAACUGGAAAGUGAAUGGCCUGCCUCCAACCCCCCCCCCCUUCAAAAAAAUAAAUAAAUAAACAAAUAAUAGACAAAGUUGAGGGCUUCCAAAUGAUGCGAUAUCUGUAGUUCCAUGUUGUUACUAAACGUUUUUUGUAUAUUCGGCGAGUAGUUCCUUUCAAGAGGUUAAAAGAAGCAAAUCAUUAAACCGUCAACCCCAAAAGUGGUCGCAGUCGCCUCACGAGAGGUUCCAACUAAAUAUGAUAGUUUAUGGGAGGCGACCGCUCACUCGCUUAGCUAGCUUUCAUCUUCAAUGUGUGAAGAUAAAAAUGCAAUCCGACCUUUGAGUUCCAUUAGAAAAAAAAUUGUUGGCUCAGUUGAUGUAGAAUCCUUCUUGGGCAGUGCUUUCACAUGCUAUCAUAUUUGUUGUCAGCAUUUUUGAUAUGAAUUUUUUGCCAUUUCUUCUUAACCACUCCCGGCUUUAUUACCGUGAAAGACGCAGCUAGAUUUGAGCGGGCAAGCGAAUCUUCAACUGCCACCAAAGAGUUUAAAACCGACAAAGAUAGGGUUUAGCAUCAGAAACAUGUUUAUCCCUCCUGGAAUGGCAGCCAGGUGUUGGCCGGGUCCUAUUCUCAUGAAAUGUUGCCGCGUGGAGUACAACAGAGAGAAAGGAUUACUGGAAAUACCCAAAGGAGAGUAUAUAGGCAAAUCUGGCCCAAUACCGAAAGGUGGGAUGGACGAAGAUGAUGACGAGGAAUGGGACGAUGUUGUCACCAAUCUGCACUCAGACGAAACGGAUCUGCCAGGUGAGAACUACUGACCAGCUCAGAUGAAUCUCCCAUAAGGUAACAUUUAAUUCGGAGGUUACUGGUGUAAUGGCCAUAUAAUCAUUUUUUAAAAAAAAAAACCUUUACAGUAUGAGGUAAAUAAACAGUUAGAGUACAGUGGCAAAUACAAAACACAGUCACUUGAGGGAAAACAUUCAAAUUCCUGGAAAACAAAACUAUCCCCCUGGAUCAUAUAGCUAAAACCCCCGCUAGCACAGAGGCCAUGGCUAUACCAAGUGAGAGUUACGUUUAUCGAUGGGUGUAGUGUGCCUCGCUAACAAGGAUUUUUAAUUUCAAAUGUGCGAUCAGCAGAUCCGAGGAACCUUAAAUAACCCACGCGUACCUCCGAGAAGACGUCUUUUAAGGCUGUUGAUUGGAUCCUCUUAGAAUUCCAUGUUCUAGAAUAUGCAAGGAUGUGUAAUCACGAAUGUAGCAACGUUUUUUUUUAGAGUAUUUCACACCUGAUGAUGUCGAAAAACUGGAAAUUAUAAAGAGGGAAGUCUUGAUGACUGAAGCCACCAGAGAGCAGCGUAAAGCGCGUGUCAGCAAGUAUCGGAGAUGGGUAAGUUAUCGGGACCAACCUACUCCCUGUGAAACCCUAAUAGAACUUCUUCAUACCUAAUCUGUUUGGCUCUCAACAAGCAUGCGCAUAGUCAUAUAAUCAUAUACCUUCAAAUAACAGCUAUGAAUUCCCGACGAUAUAACUAUCGCUUAGCUCCCUAUACGGGGAGUUCCGCCCAAAAGGGUUACCUUUUCCAGGCUUCAGGUUUAUGAAAGGGUAACAAGAGCUCUAGAAGCAUGAAUGAAAUGCCGAAAGUUGUCCCUGAUGAUAUUUACGUGAUGAAUGUUCUUCGCUAUGCUAACAUAAAUCAAAUGGCUUAUGGCCAGAAAUAGAUCAAGUACAUCAAGACAUAUCCUGUUUAGGCCGGCCAGAAGGCAUUGAUUCCUAUGCUGUCAUCUGCAUUUAUACGCGAAUAACAAUUUUAGACCCCAAGAUUAACCAGUAAAAGCGUGUCUGUUUCUUCACAGUUUGAAGAGGCUCUGUUGAAAAAGAAUCAAAAGGACCAAAAAGUAUUACUAACUGACGAGCCGCUAACGGAGGAAGACUGUAAAUUCCUGAGCAGUAUUCCUGUUUCUGCCACUUCAGGCCAGAGCAUACUGGAUCUUUCAACUCUAACGAAAGAUAUCAUUCAGGGAUAUGGAAUAGUCUUGAAGACACUUGAGAGUACGUAUCAAUGUGAAAUCUUUUCUUCACUGUCAUUUCUCCUUACAAAUAAUAACUCAUUGUUUAGCUGCUAUAUUUCACCCACUGCGACUUUGCAACUAUACAGUUUUUCUUGUAGAUUUGAAUCGCGACAUGAUCUGCAAUUUAUCGCUUUUUCUGUGUAAAUAGUGUCAAUAGUUCGUCUGGAAUAGACUAAUUUUAACCACGUGCUGACGAUCUUCACUAUUAGGGCUAAGAGCGAAAGAGAUGGCUAUUACUUUUUUGUGAGAACUUCAAACGCAUUCUUUGCAACAGUGAGGGCAUUGUUAUGGAAUAAUCUAUCACCAAAUGCCAAUAGAAUGAUAUCAGUGCACGCGCUGCCCAUACACAACGGAAUUGUGUCCCGGAUGUGACCGUAUAAAAAGGUUCGACUGUAUAUGCCUCAUUCAUGAUUACAUCACUGCAGUGCAAAGCCAUUCAAUUAAAUAAUUUUUCCCCUCAAGAUAAUGUAACACAGCCACAGCACCCACCCAUAGCUCCUCACUAUACCACUACCGUAUUUUAUGAAUUUUUUUGCCAGGAUGUGAAAGUAGGGUUACUGGUAUGUCAUAGAGUUAAAAACCCUGUAUGUUCUUUUUCCAAUAUCCCACAUAUUUUUUUGUUUCAUCCUAAACAUCCUAUUUUUCGAAGAUAAUAUUGUUUCUAACAACAUUAUUUUAUUUAUUUAUUUGUUUGUUUAUAUUUUGACAGAUUUACCCGACGAGGAGUGGACUGAACUCGAGAAGACUUUCACUGAAAGCACCCGAUAA